GUAACUUCAAUGAAACUUCGAUGAAACUCAAUUGUGUGUUGAUAGUUCAACAUUUUAGCACUAUAAAGGGCAUUGAGCUGAUUAUUUGUUAGCCUACAUAUUUUGCUACAUUAAAAAGGGGAGCUAGGUUUCUGUUUAGAAGAACAAGGUUGUUUGAGAUCCUUUUACAAUGGGGAAAACGGCCAAAGGAAAGCGGAAAAUGAGGAACCUAAGAAGAGCAGGAGCCAACCAAAAGCAAACUCAAGGACAACCCCCUGAGUGGGUGAUCGAAAUGAAUAACGAAAUUAAAGAAGGGCUUCUCUAUGACUCUGGAAAAUCGUGGACAGUCUAUCGAGUCCCCAAGAGCAUGCGAGGAAUCCAAAAAAACGCUUUUCUCCCAAAAAUUGUAUCCAUCGGCCCCUUCCAUAAUAAGGACCCAGGGCUACGGAUCAUGGAAGAACACAAGAUGCGUUACCUCUUACGCCUGCUAGAGUCAGGGCCCCGAGAAAAUGGUGAACGAGUAGAAGAUUCGGCGCAACAGGUGCCUCAAGUUGUUAAGGCUAUUCGGUUGGAGGAUCUUGCAGAAUCCAUGAGGAUGUUAGAACAGAAGACAAGGGAAAACUACUCGGAGGAUUUACAGAUUGACAGUGAUGAAUUGAUUCAAAUGAUGGUGAUUGAUGGUUGCUUUGUGCUCGAAUUACUGCGACUCUACUUCAAAUUUGAUAACGAGGAAGAAGUGGAAGAUCCGAUCUUCACAACCCGCUGGAUGCUACGGACCCUCCAGAGAGAUUUAUUGAAGCUUGAAAACCAGCUGCCAUUCUUCGUUCUUGAAAAAUUAUACGAGCUUAUUAGGUUGGUCGAUGACCCACCCCUCGUUGAUCUUGUAGUCACAUUCUUUGAUCCCUUGCUGCCAAGGAAAAAUAUUAAAGGGAAGCUGAACCCUAAUGAGGAGUUUGAUCAUAUGCUUGAUGUGUUCCGUUCCACCUUCCUUUCCUCCGUCAAUGAAACAACUAAACCUGCUGGAUGGAAGCAACUGCAAAAGUUAGACAACAUUCCACUGGUUGAAGAGAGACAGUUAAUUCACUGUGUCACAGAGCUUCAAGAAGCAGGGGUUCGAUUUAAAAUGAGAGAAGACCUCGAUUUGCUGGACAUAAGUUUUAAAGACGGGAUGUUGAAAAUCCCUCCUCUAUACAUUGAUGAUAACACAGUCCCCCUCUUCCUAAAUUUGGUUGCUUACGAGCAGUGUGACCAAGAUGCUAAACCUUUCUUCACCAAUUUCUGCAUGUUCUUUGAUAGCUUGAUCAAUUCUCAUACCGACGUCGGGAUUCUUCACAAGAAUGGGAUAAUCAAUCAUGUUUUGGGGAGCGAUAAGGAUGUAGCAAAUCUUUUUAACAAGCUUGGCCGGGAGAUUGUUUAUGAUUUGGAUGAAUGCUACUUAUCUCAACAAAUGAUGGACGUUAACGACUACUGCAAACAAUACUUUGCUAGCAAAUGGCAUGUUUGGUUUACAAACUUGAUCCGUGACUAUUUCAGUAGUCCUUGGACUUUUCUCUCCCUCCUUGCUGCCAUUGCUCUUUUGUUGCUUACUACUGCUCAAACUUUUUAUGCUGUGUAUGCUUACUAUUUUCCAAAGUCAUAAUUGACCUGUGGAUUUUCUAUGUAUAUUCCCCACUGUUCAUUCACUUUACCGUUACUUGUAUAUCAUUUCCACCCUUAAGGCCAACCAAAGCCUGCUCCCUCCUGACCCCAUAUACUUUUAUUUCAUUUUCAUGAAUGCAUUUGAAUAAUUGUGAAUGAUCA